CUGUGAUCAGUCUGGGGUUAGAAACAGACCAACAUUCAACCACGUUUAACCAAAGUGUGACCACGACUUUGAGUUCAUUUAAAAUUCACUCUGAUCAUCAGAAAUGUUACAUAAAUGUUUGGAUGUGUGGAAAAAGCAGACGGUUAGCAGGUUGUGUGAGCUGUUCUGUGUUUUAUAGCUUUAUGGUUAGCAACAGUUAAUGUUUGAUGGACAUGAGAGUCCAAAGUCCAACACUUUCUGUCUUCUCCCCUCGUGAAGCAGAGACGCUAUCAGACCGAGACUCGGAGAGGUUGAACGUAGUUCAUCCAAACCAGAAGAGCAAAACAUCACGUCUACUUUCAUGAGCAACAGCAGAGCAGAGUUAAAGGUGAAAUCAUUCACCUGCCCUGAUGGUCGUUUCACCGUGAAGACAGCAAACUCCCAGCAUCCCACAGUCUUCACUACAUCAUCAACCGCAUCUUUUGCUUUCACUAGCAGUGAAUCUUACCCACUUGUUAAAAUGUCACUUCAAUGAAUCACAUAUUUUCACCUUUGUUGUGUCUCUCCAGUCAGAUAGUUUCAGUUUAAUUUGCCCUGCAGGUUUUAAAAUAUUCCCCCAAACGCAACCUCGACUCCCAAGAAAGUCGUGAUGCUGUGGAACAAUAAACAUGACAGGAAGUGAUCAUCAAUCCCUUGUGACGUGUACUCAGCUGAGAACAGCACAAAGACGCUACAGCCAACCUUGUGAUUCACAUCUGCUCACUGUGACGUUGAUGCCAGUUUCAAACAAGAAGCAACGGCAGGCUGGGAAGGUACCAGGUUCAGUUGUGUCAGGUGAGGGUCCUGAUGGAGUUACUGUGGCCUGGUAACACCUGAGCAGGUGUCUGAUCGAUCUGCGUCAGGCUGAUGGGUUCGGUCUCAACUCAAGUCAUGUAGAAAAUAAGAAGAAAAACAUUGUAGUCAGUGUUGCUGUUUGCCCUGCUGAGGUUCAGACUGUCCAACAUGAGCAGCUCACGAGGUGCGGCUCUGGAACUGCAGCUUCGUGUGGGCCGCGUUGGCAUGUCGUCGAACACACCGGGCCUCUGAGUUUGUCCUCAGGGCUCGUGUGCUCAUGAAUUGCAUUUUGUGGUGUGAAGGCCGGAUGAUUCUGACUUUGAUAACAAACUCCGGAAAGUUCCCGUCCUGAGGAGUCCAGGGGCGUCGCACUAACGUAAUGAGAGGCCGUCAGGAGUUCUGGCUGAGUGUAUUUCUGGCUUGUGUACAGCAGUAGAUUGUGUGCUUGUUAAUGAACUGAAAAGAUGAGUCACAUACCAGCAGCUCUGUUUGCUGUCUUCAGAGCUCAUCAGGCGUGUGGUGAGUUCACAGGUGACGGCUGAAGCCCCGAGGCAGCCGACAAACAAGUCCGACCAGCCCUGCGACCCAAAAUCCUGCUGCAGCAGCUUCUCUGUGCAGACCGACGGCAGCCGUGCUCAUGUGGCUACUGCUUUUCAAACAGCUUCUCAUCCGUUUGCACCGAAAAUUCAGAGGGGAAAGAUCAGAAACCUGGAUCUGGAUCGUGUGGAUCUUAGGCUGAAAGACCGGCUGGGAUAUUCGCUUCACCUUCAGACGUAUGCAGUGUAUGAAAAACAGAAGGAGCAUCCAGGUUUCAGGGGCAGAACUCUGGACUGUGUGUUGUAUUCUGGAUCAGUUUACAUGCAGGCCUCUGGUGGGAUUUGGACCUGAUGUGAGCAUCAUGAGACUGAGAUGCACUGCGACUGUGGUGAUGAUGAUGAUGAUGAUGAUGAUGGCCCUGCUGGACUUCACAGACUGUGUUUGGAUGCUGUCGGCUCCCAGUGGAAUUUCCAUGGAGUCUGUUGACAUGAGACACAUACUGAAGUGGCGCCCCCUGCAGGCCAUGUGCCACACUACACUCCUCUACUCGGUUCAGUUCCAGGGGGAGUUUGAGCUGGUGGUGCAGAACAACACAUGGGUGGAUGCUCCUGAGUGCCAGCUGACUCCUCACACUCACUGUGACCUGACCUUUGACCUGGGAUCCGACUCCAACUACAACCUGCAGGUCAGAGCGCACUGCGGCUCCCAGCUCUCGUCCUGGACCGAACUCAGGCCUCCUUUCAACCGCAGAGACACCGUCCUGACGCCGCCGGCGAUGGAGGUGACGGCUGUGGGCGACGCCCUUCAGGUGUGGUUUGAUAAACUUCCUGUCACCGCCGUCAUCAACGUGACGGUGUGGAAGAGAGGCGACGAGCUGCAGGCUGCUGUGUACACAGUGCCAGCCGAGCAGAUGAUGCUGCAAGUCGCCGCCCUGCAGGAGGGAACGGUGUACUGCGUCAGAGCUCGCACUGUCCUGAACACACAGCUCUACAGCGGCAACACUGACAGCCAGUGUGUUUCCAUCACAGGUUCAGACUCUGCAUGGAAGACGCCGACGGCUGCGACUGUGACUGUGGUCACGGUGGCAGGCUUCCUGUCCGCUGUGGUCUGGUUCAUCUGUCACUGCCGUCCAGAAGCCUGUCAGACGUAUUUCCGUAAAGAGCCACUGCCCCGUUCACUGUCUGAUUGGGACAUUCAGAUCUCGACGAGGUCAGAGGAGGCGGAGCUUUAUGAGCAGAUCCACGUGCUGCAGAGCGUCGACCCCUCGAGCUGACGAGCCCUGAGGUUUGCUGUGGGUUUCGUGGAGCUCUGAAAUGUUUCUACAGAAUGUUGGUGGGCUCAGCCGUCCUGGGAACAUCAGGACUUGUGGUGUCUUCAGAUGUUGUGGGGAAAACUUGUAAAAGCAACCAACAGCAUCGAAACAACCAAAGAGCGCCGUAACUGGGCCGCAGGAAACGUGUAACGACUGCGAGUCUCUGAUGAUCCAUAUGAAAAUAAUCAUCUGAAGGCCGGACGGCUCAGGAUCAGCAGUCGCCGAGAGAUGUUUGAGUCUGUUGGCGUUUCCUGUUUUCUACUGACAGUGAAAGUUGGUUUAACCAGAACCGUGAUGGAUCCUUAAUCCUGAUGAAGUAUUUAACCCACACUAGGAUGUUGAUGAUGUUUCCCAAACAAGUUGCUUUGAGGCCUAAACUGAAGUCUUAACCACAGUGUUGUCACAUGAUGAACAACCUUCACGUUAGCAUAAGCAGCCUGUCGAAGUCCUACUGGCAGAGCAAACGCACAUUUAUUAAUUAAAUAUAAUGAAACUGUUUUUAGUGUACUUACUGUGGUGAGCUUGUGCUCAGGAUUACAAAGUCCAGUACUCAGUCUGUGAAUGUGUGAAUAACGACUCUAAAGGCAUUAAAUCCUGUUAAGAGCAUGUUCUGAUUCUGAAUCUGAACUGGUUUUAAAACAUGUUGUUUAUGUUGCUGUGAUGUUGUGGUGUUACGUGUGUGUGCGUGCGUGCGUGCGU